GUUUAAGAUAAAAGAAUCGUCAGUCAUCCAAUCUCAGACUUGCAGAGCUUCAAUGGCAAUUCGAGCCAUUUCGAGAUCCAAAGUCCCAUUUUUAGUUUCAAUGCUCGUUCGAGAACUUAUAAUACCAAUUGAAAGGGUAUCCAUGCCUAUAAAGUUGCAAAAUGCCAUUCAAGAAAUUGAUUCUAAGAAGCCCUUCUCCAAUUUCAGGCGUUACCACGAUGGUAGACCUAGAGGACCUCUUUGGAGGGGGAAGAAACUCUUAGGAAAAGAAGCUCUUUUCGUGAUUUUGGGUCUGAAGAGAUUCAAAGACGAUGAAGAGAAGCUCGACAAGUUCAUCAAGUCGCAUGUAUUGAGGCUCUUGAAGAUGGAUAUGAUCGCUGUCCUGAACGAGCUCGAACGGCAGGAGGAGGUGCCCUUGGGUCUCAAGAUGUUCAAAGUAAUUCAGAAGCAGGACUGGUAUAAGCCUGACGUGUAUCUAUACAAGGACUUAAUUAUAGCAUUAGCAAAAUGUAAAAAGAUGGAUGAAGCAAUGCAAGUGUGGGAAACUAUGCGGAAGGAAGAUUUGUUCCCUGAUUAUCAGACGUAUGCUGAAGUUAUCAGGGGUUUCUUGAGGUAUGGUUCACCUGCAGAUGCCAUGAACGUCUAUGAGGACAUGAAGAAGUCACCUGAUCCACCAGAGGAAUUGCCCUUCAGGAUUUUGUUGAAGGGCCUCCUUCCACAUCCGCUCUUGAGAAAUAGAGUAAAGCAAGACUUUGAGGAGAUUUUUCCUGACCGGAAUGUCUAUGAUCCUCCUGAAGAGAUAUUUGGAAGAAUUUGAGGGUUCAACCUUGUGUACAGCUGUUGAAUUAUGCUAGUCAUACCUGUCCCUGUGAAACAAGUUAAUUUAUUUGCCCCAGUUCAUUGAUAACAUCUUAGGGGCUUGAAGCUGAUCAAGUUCUUGUCUGGUUGUAAUUUUGAAACUUUGUCACUUACUAAGGGAUGGAAUCUAUUUCUUUUAGAACAAUGAAACUCAUUUUUUUUUUGUUUUUUGUUCUUUUUAUUUUGUGGUUUUACUUGAAAAUUAUGGGCAUAUGUUUGCAAGAAUCAUUGUUAAUCUCUAUGAUCUGGUACCAGUGCAACAUACACACAAAAUUAUUGGUUGUUACUUGUUACUUGAAAACCAUCUUAUGCUCCAAAUUAAUAGAGUCCUGGUGAGUUUUAAAGAGAGCGGGUAAGUUAGAGGGAUAGAUGGUACUUAAAACCACAAGAUAGAUACAUGUUAGAGGACCUUGACAUGCAAUCACUGUGGAGAUAAACAAUAAUUUCCAAGUGUAAAGAACACCCUGAGAUGCUUUGCAAAUGAGCAGGUUAUAUUUGUCUGAGUCAAUUACUUGGCUUCGAAGUACAAUUGCAACAGGAAAUACUUGAUGCUGUUAGAGAGCACCUGGUGAUGAAAUCAUUUCGUUUUUCUUCCAUUACAUUUUAGAAAACAAUUUUGUUUCAAAUUAUGGUCAUCUCUUCAAAAUUUGGAAUUAUAAUUUUUUCUGAAGUUUUUAUGUCUAAUAGAAUCAUCAUCACAUAUAUCCACUUCACCAAUCCAUCAAUAGGCUCCUUUCAGAUGCUAUGAAAUUCAAAAUGAUGCUUCUAUCAUAUUUCUAGUUGGAUUUCUUCUUUUUCCACCUAAUUCAUCCUUACAUAUAUCAACUUUGCAUUUUUCUUUUGAGAUAUAUUGUAUUAAUCAAAAGGAGGGAGAGAUUUCCUGAAAGAUGAUUUACAAAAGCAAUGCAUCUGGCCACUACAGUCUACAGCCCAGAGAAACUCUACAAAAAGUAUACGACUGUAUGAGAUGUAUCUGGUAUUCACUUGUUUUCACAAUUAACAAAAAGAACUUUCUCUCAUUGCUUUGUGAGCUGCUCCUUUUUCAUGCCUGGAAACUCUUUCAGAACACUGGCCCAUUCAAUCAUGCACUCUCAAUCUUCCCAAUCAGUUUUUCAAUCUCUGAACUUGGCCCAGCACACAGCCCCAGGAACCAGAUGCUACAACAUCAUGCACUUGCUAUUGAACACUUUAGAUGGUCAAGAUGCAGUCAGAGAAGCCAAAAUCCCUUGGAAGCGCCAUAACCACCCUGGCACCCUUUCAAUUGCUUCCAUUUUGUUUUUGAACACCUCCUUGAUGCAGAUGGAAGCCUGGACUUCCAGAACUAAUCUUUGAACACCUCUUCUAACUUGAGCAUAGUCAGCGUAUAUAUACCUCCCUAGACCAUUAUUACUCAGGUUAGGGUCAGAUAUGAAAGAUUGAGACAGCAACCUGCACAAGCUGUCAAACACAGGCUUUCCUCAGUGUUAAAUAAUKCUGCAUUCACAAUAUCAAACCUACUAUUGCUAUUUGAAAUCAAAUAUCAAUGAAGGCAUUCAGUUUAAAUUUCUUAGAGAUAUUGAUCUAUUAUUAUAAGUACAUAUUGAUUCU